UUCGUCGGCUAUUGCUCUACCUGACUCCCAUAAACCCCGGAGGGGACUUUCAACACGCGACCACUUCCCAACUCCGCACCGCCCCCUCUGACCUUUAAUCCAAGAUCAACUGGAAACACCUACUUCAGGCGACAGCUCUUCACAGACCCAGCAGGAGCAAUGUCGGGAACGACGUCCUUCACCCUGUUCCCCAAGCUACCCCCGGAACUACGCCAGGUGGUAUGGGCUAUUGCCCUUCCCAGCCCGCGACUUAUCGACCCUUCGCACCCUCUCAUGUCCACGACCCGCGAAUCUCGACAAGCCAUUCUCAAACACUGCGAGUUGCCGCCUGACUCUUCGGAAUCAACUUCCUUCUGGCACGAUCUGGGCAGGAAAAUCAUUCUUCUUAACGAAAUACCUUUUACUUUGGGGCUUCAGCAUCAUGUGCCCAAGCAGACAUGGUUAAGAUUGUGCGAGUCUAUGACAGUUUUGGCCGUCGACCCAUUCGUGGAGUACCUGACUUGUCCUGUGCCUCAGAUGAUCUGGCCACAUGAAGGAGCGUUGGUCCCAACCCAGGCCAAAAGACUUGCCUACGAGGCGUCAAAGUUUCGGAACUUACAGCAGAUUCUACUCUUCCAACGAGCAGGCUCCGAGGCCCAUGUGCAGGAAUUGGCGACUCAGUUAAGAGCAGAAAUUGAAGUAUGGAAUAACGUUGCGAGGAGAUUCGCUAUAGAUGAGGUAUUGGAGUGUCCACUGUCCUGCGUACUGGUGGUAUUGCUGCACUUACCUCACAUUUCUUGCUUGCCUUACGAGUGCAGCAAACGGCAAGAUGCAGGCCCAGCUAUGAAGGGGGCGCUCCGGUCGUAUCGCACAUAGGAGAAAAGGCGGCCGUUGGACCAUGUCGUGGGGUAUCCAUGGGACACAUCGAAGAAGCAUUACAAGGGUCAAUUCUCUGGUCUUCAUUACUCUGGGGCGCAGUCUACCUCAAAAAUUAUUUUUCCAAAUCCCA